AUGACACGAGCGCCCUCCGCAAAGCGACGGACGGUGUCAUGGACCUGCUGGGUGGUCAUCUCGCGGGGGAUGCCGAAGACGAUCGCGUUGAGGAGACGCGGUACGAGUCUUCUCGUCGUCGCUGUAACCCUUUACAAGUUCGUCUUCGCGGUCAGCGAAUAUGACAACCUCAGGUUACCAUUGGCAGGUGAGCCGGAUGGCGCGAAGCGUUUCAGUCUCAAGUCACGCCUGCGAUACUACUACGACUGUGCGGCUUUGUACACGGAUGCAUACUACAGGUUCGGUAAGAACGGCAAAUCAGCCCUGGUGCCCGCCCAACAGUGUGCUAAGCGUCUCGCAGGCCUUCCUGCAAGCCAAUCUGUCGACUACCCGCUCGGCCACUCGCGCUACUGGGGCGACCCGUGGCAGUUCGCUCUGGUCAAGACGCGCCUGAACAGCAUGAUGCAAUCGCUCAUCCCGGCCAUCGACGAUGAACUGCACUACAUCGUGCCCUUAGUGCUCGGUACAGACACUAAUUCCUGGAAGGAGGUGCACCUGGGCGACGCGGUGCGGAUGAUCGUGGCGGGCUCUUCCAGCCGCUUCACCGUGGGACUGCCACUCUGCCGCAACGAGGACUAUCUCAAGCGCACCCUGUCCAUCACCGACGGGGUGAUGAUCACCGCCAUUGUGGGCAACUGUCUGUCCAGUAUAGUCCUCCCUGUCGCCGCCCGUCUGGCUAGUCUGCACACCUGGCGGAACCUGAACAAGAUCAAGGACUACAUCACCCCGCAGUACCACGAACGACUGGUCGCUCUUGAGAAAGACUUGGACGACCAACCUCAGGACCAGCUGCAGGUCAUGCUGCGGUUCGCGCAGAAGAAACGGCCCCAAGAGGUCAACGACCUGGGCAUCAUGGCCACGCGCCUGGCAGCCUCCAACUUCGUCAGUAUGCACCAGACAGCCGGAACCGCCGUACAGAUGCUGCUCAACAUUAUCGACUCAGACCCGGAGUUCGACACGAUUGCCAAGCUUCGCGCAGAGGCCGACCGCGAGCUCGGCCCGGACGGCGCCUGGAGCAGGGAGAAAUUCCAGCGCAUGCACGGCCACGACAGUGUGGCACGCGAGUCAAUGCGCGUGACCUUCCCCUUUGGAAACCGGGGGCUCCUGCGCAAGGUCAUGAAGGAUGGGGUCGUCACUGACGCCGGCAUCCCCCUCAAAAAGGGCACCAUCGUGGCCUUCCUGGCGUCGCAGGCCCAGCGCGACCCGGCCAAGUUUGACCAGCCAGAGAAAUUCUAUCCCUGGCGGUUCUCGCGUCCCAUCGAAAAGGAGCAGAAGGCGAACGGGGACUCCCUAAAGGCCGCCUACCAUCAAAAUACCUUCAUGUCGACCUCGCCGGAUUAUCUGCCCUUCGGGCAUGGGCGCCACGCGUGCCCCGGUCGGUUCCUCGUGGACUUUGAGCUGAAGAUGAUUGUCGCGUACAUCCUCAAGCACUACGAUAUCGCAUACCCGCCUGAGUACAAGGGCAAGCGCCCGCCGAAUCGCCAGGUAGCGGAGUUGCAGGCGCCUCCAGCCGGAGUCAAGGUCAUAGUCAGGAGACGUCCUCAGUAA